AUGCCUCUGAGUGAGACCACGCCGAGUUCGGAUCUUGUAACGACGCAGGCAAGACAAGAGAUCCGAUCGGGAGGAGCGACAAGCGACGAGCGAACCACGCCUAUUGACCUGCACGAGCCGUUCCGCCUCGCCCACGCUCCUCCACUAACCAUGCAUGCUGGCAGCGGCAGGACGACAGAGACGCGCGCCUCAGCCGCACGCGCUGGGGGCGGAAACGCUGCGCCGCAAUGCCAGCUCGAGACGACAGCCGGCAUGUAG